CUGUUUUAUUAGAACUUGAGAAUUUGUUAAGUGACUGCCAAAACACUAAAGCAAAUCAAAAGCCACAGUAAAGAAUCUUGAAAAUCCGAUCAGUUUUGCAAGCAAGGCAUUCAUUUGGUUGUUUUCCGGCAGGGUUUCGUCUGCAAGCAAUUGGUUCUUCUCUGAGGGUUUUCAUGAAAAUAUAGCUAUGUGAGAAGUGGGGAGGAUAAAUUCAGCCAAGGAACGUAGAACUAAAAAGAAAAUGGGAUUUCAGAAAUUUCUCAAAUCCAUUCCAAAACCAACAGCUUCUGAUCGGACUUCACUGCUACCUCUUGCUGUAAGAACGAUAGAUUCUUCAAUGUGUACCACUAACAACCUCACACCUGUUGCCCAAAACCAACUGAACCAACUCAUGGAAACCCACCUCAAACCCUCUUUCACUGCCAAAGAUUUCCUCUCUUUUCUCAAGAACCGUGUCCAUUACCACCCUAUCCUCACUAACCUUGACUUCUACCUCUUCAACUAUGCUGCUUCUGUUGAUUCGUUCCGCCAUGAUCACACCACCUUUGAGUGGAUGGUCCGCACUCUUGCCACCACCCACCGCCUCCAAUUUCUUACUACUCUCCUCCAAUUUAUUUCUUCUAACCCCUGCCCGUGUGCUGAUGGUAUUUUCUCUUGCCCCAAAACUGAACCUAUUUUUCGUUUUGCCAUUAAUGCUUAUUGCAAAACUGGUAGAUUUGAUGAUGCUUUGUUAGCUUUUGACAAAAUGAGAAGAUUGAUUGAUGGGAAGCCUGAUGUUGCUGUUUGCAAUAUAAUAAUUCAUGGAUUUGUGAAGUUUAAGCAUUUUGAUAAGGCUCUGGAAUUUUACCAUAGGAUGAUUGGAGAUCGAUUAAAGCCUGAUGUAAUUACAUUCAAUACUUUGAUUUCUGGGUAUUGUAAGAACUCGCAAUUGGGCCUGGCUUUACAAAUGUUUAAGGAGAUGAAAACUCAUGGAUGUGCUCCAAAUGUAGUUAGUUUUAAUACUUUAAUUAAAUGGUUUCUUUUGGAUGGUAAGAUUGAGGAGGGGAUUGGGAUGGCCUAUGAGAUGACUGAGAUGGGAUGGGAGAUUUCAGCAGUGACUUGUGAGAUUUUGGUUGAUGGGCUUUGCAGGAAAGGAAUGGUGUUGAAAGCGUGUGAUUUAUUGGUUGACUUUUCAAGGAAAGGGGUGCUGCCAAGAACAUUUGAUUAUUUUGGGUUAGUUGAGAGGCUUUGUGGGGAAGGGAAUGUGGCCAGAGCAAUGGAAUUGGUGCAUGAGUUAUGGAGGAAUGGGAAUUCUCCAAGCUUGAUCGCUUGUACGACCUUAAUUGAAGGUUUAAGGAGAACAAGAAAGAUUGACGAAGCAUAUGUAAUUAUGGAGAAAAUGCUGCAGGAAUGUAUGCUUCCGGAUAGUGUAACGUUUAAUUGUCUUCUUAGUGACAUGUGUGAAGCAGGAAGAGCAAAGGAAGCAAAUAAGAUGAGGUUAUUGGGUUUAAACAAGGGCUUGGAUCCUGAUACUGUGACAUAUAAUAUUUUGGUAUCAGGUUUUAAGAGGGAGGGUAAAAAGAAGGAAUCGGAAGCUUUGGUGGAAGAGAUGUUGGAUUUGGGGUUUAUACCUGAUAUUGCUACUUAUAACAGGUUGAUCAAUGGACAAGCUAAAUCAAAACGUUAAUUUUCUUUGCCCCUACUUUCUUCAAGUUGAGACUACUUGCAUGGUUUCAAGUUAUUGAUAGAGAAUAUCAAUGAUUAUUUUCCUUGUACUUUCUAUCAUCUGCAAGGAAGAUUGGUGAGUUAUAUAUUGACGAGUAUUUUUCUGAGAGUCAACUGAAGCGGCAGCUUGGAGUUCUCAUGGCUUAAAAUGGUACAAAAACUGUCAUCAAUCAGCAUCACAACUCUUUUUCUGCACCGCAACAGAUCAUGGAAGAUAUGCUGCAUAGUUCUUAACAUAGAGUACAGUGGACUCCACCGUGCCGAUUAAGUAGGAAGUUCUGCUAUUCUGGGAAGGACAAAGAAUUAGCUAGAGAGAAUGUGAAGAACAGUAUUAAUGUGCACCCCAUGGGCGGUUUGUCCGCUGAGAAACACACAUUUUGAGACUAUGUUUCUCGGAUCCUUCAAAAAUACCACCGGGUGUAUAUUGGAUCUUCCAAAAGUUAUUCAUUCUUGAAGGAUUCGACAUGGGUGCGGUAACAUUUUUGGUCCACAUGCACAAGAAGCAUGGAAUCUUCGUACCUGAUGUCGAGUUUUUGGAGGAUCCUAAAGGCUUCCUCGCUUAUCUUGGUCUCUAGGUUAAGAAGUAUUAUAUUUGCCUGUCUUGCAACGAUGGAGGUCAUCCUUUCGGUAGUUUAGAAGCAGUUCAGAAGUAUAUGAAAGCAAAAAUUCGUUGCAAAUUGCAUUAUGGUGACGGUGUUGAUGAUGAAGAGGAGGAAUUAGAAGAGUUUUAUGACUAUAGCAGCAGCCUACUUCAACCCACUCACAUGAACAACUUCUUUUCAUGGCUGUGGCAUUUGCACCUCCCACCAAAAGUAAUCCCUUUCCCUUGACAAUGUCUUCAUGGUCGUCUCCCAGCAGCCAGCCUUUUGCAUUUCCUCAAAUUGUGCCUUCUCCAAAAUGCAAAUUUUGCAACACUGACUGUGAUGAGACUAUUAAUCAUCUCUUCCUUUUGUGUCCCGCGGUUCGCUCAAUUAGGUGUUCCUACCUUUCAUAAACCAUCUUGUUAC